UUUAACCCAGUCGCGAGUCGCGACGGCCUGUGACGACGACGACCCGCUCGCGCUCGGGGUUGUGGACGCGUUGUUCCUUCCUGCGCACGCGUGCGUCUCCCUUCCUCCGCUUCCCGCCGGCGAUGUCGGUGCCCCCGGCCGGCAACCGCCAGGUGUCCCUGCGGGGGUCGAGCGCGAGGGAGAUCACCCGCGACGCGCUGCUACAGAAGGUCUCCGAGGAGCGCCAGCUCCGGAGCCACCUCCGCCGCGCCGCCGCGGCCGCCCUCUCCAUCCAGCGAAUAUGGAGAAGGUACUAUGUGAUAAGAGUGGUUUCAGAGCAGCUUCAUGAAGACUGGAAACUAUUAAUGAACCAGCCUAACAUCGACUUGACAACUCAAUGGAUAUCUAGAAAUAUGCUGAGGCCAUUUCUUUUCUUCAUUACUCAACCUUCUAGCUGGUACAAGGGACAACAGAGCAAGACCGUGGAAUCUAUUUUAACAUGCUUCAAGAUUAUCUUGAAUAGCAUAAACUCAACGGAUGCAAGCAAAAAUUUCUGUUCCUUUGCUGUGGGUAUGCCGGAAGAGAGAUCUAUUUGGCUUUAUCAGGCAAAAAAGCUGAUUUCACUGUGCUCUUUCAUUCUUGCCAGGUGUGACCAUUCCUGUUGCAAGGAUGGAAGCAUGGUUGACAUGACUGCUAUUGCUAUGAGAUUGGCUGUGUCUUUAACUGAUUGCAAAACAUGGAAAAGCUUAAAAAGUGAGAGCAGUAGAGCUGCAGAUGCAUCUGUAGAGACUUUGAUUGAAUUUAUAGGUACAUGCCAGAGUGGCACAUAUAAUUGUGUUAGGCAAUAUAUAAAAUGUCUUGGCCCUCAUGUUACUUCAGGGAAGAAAAGUUCUGCAGCUGCAACAGAUGAUCAUUUUCUGAUUACUGCUAGCGCGGUUACUCUAGCCUUGCGCCCAUUCCACUCUAAGAAAGCAGAUAGGGGUACUGAUCUGAAUGGUGCUUCAAAGGAAUACUUCAAACUUGUACUUACAAUACCAUAUCUGUGCAAACGCAUGCCUUCUCUGCUGUUACCUGCUCUUAAGCACAUUUCUGUGCUGCAACCAUGUCUCAGUAUUAUACUGAUCUCCAAGGAUAAAAUAUUUGAAGAAAUAAUCAAAUUGGACAAGUCAGAAGUUUUAGCUGUUGAUGCUACUGUUAUUCCUUGCUCUGGUUGGGCUCUUGGAAAUAUUGUAAAUUUAGCUACCAAUCAUGAUGAUUUAUCCAGUUCAGGGUGCUUCAUUCAAGGGCUAGAUUUUUGCCUAUAUGUUGAUGUUGUUAACUGUAUUUGCCAAAACUUACUGGAAAGUUUUGAGAAAAGCAAGGGGAUGUCUCAGAGUGUUGGUAGUACCGCUUUCCAUGCUGAGACGUCUGUUGCAGAGGAAGGGGAUACCAAUGGCAGCAGCAGCAUGAGAACAUUAUUUAUGGACCUUCUGAAGCCAAUUUACCAGCAAUGGCACCUGAGAAAGCUUCUGAUGUUGGCAAAGGAGGAUGUUUCAUGCAGCAGCGGGACUAAUUAUGAUCCAACUCGGAGCCUAAAGUUGUCAGAUGUUGUAUGCUUCUACUAUCACAUGCUCAGAAUUUUCUCAUCAUUCAACCCUUCUAUUGGUUCGUUGCCUAUUCUCAACAUGCUUGCAUUCUCUCCUGGAUUUCUUGUUGAUUUAUGGGGGGCACUAGAAAUGUCCAUUUUUGGCCAAGCAAUCCAGAAUUUACAAGAAACAGGACAUGAUAAACAGUUGGCUACAAGAACUUCAGGUGAGCAAGUAUCCUCCACGAGGCAAAGAAGGAAUGCCAAGGACGCAGCAACCAAGUGGGCAAAUGUGCUCCAGAAGAUUACCGGAAAAUCCAAUGAUUCAGAGGUGGGCACAAUGUCUGAUAGUAUUUUAAUUUCUAAACAGUCUGAUGAUGAUGCAUUAACUUUAUGGGAUAUUGAAGCUAUGAGACAUGCAUCUGAAGGUAUUGGAAAGGACUUAAUGUGCAUGAUGUAUCUUUUCUGUGCUAUAUAUGGGCACCUAUUACUUGUGCUAGAUGAUAUCGAGUUUUAUGAAAAGCAGGUUCCGUUUACUUUAGAGCAGCAGCGGAAGAUAGCCUCAGCACUUAAUACAUUUGUAUACAAUUCUUUCGUUCAGAAUGGUGGAAGCUACAGCAAGCCUCUUCUGGAUGUAGCUGUCAGAUGUCUUAAUCUACUCUAUGAAAGGGACAGUAGGCAUAAAUUUUGUCCAAUUUCUUUGUGGUUGGCACCUGCUAGAAAUGGUCGAAUUCCAAUUGCUGCUGCUGCCAGGGCCCAUGAGGUAGCAUUUGGUAAUUUUCAAGGAAAUAACUCUUCAGGAAUUCCUACCCGGAGCUCUGUAUUUACCACAUUGCCACAUGUAUAUCCAUUUGAAGAGAGAGUGCAGAUGUUUAGAGAAUUUAUUGAGUCAGACAAAGCAUCGAGAAGAGUUACUGGUGAAAUAUCUGGGCCCGGUCCAGGAUCUAUUGAGAUUGUUAUUCGUCGAGGCCAUAUAAUUGAAGAUGGAUAUAGGCAGUUGAACUGCCUAAGAUCAAAGUUGAAAUCUUGCAUUCACGUAUCAUUUGUAAGUGAAUGCGGCCUUCCUGAAGCUGGUUUGGACUAUGGUGGUCUCUCAAAGGAGUUUCUAACGGAUCUUUCUAAGACUGCUUUUAGUCCAGAGUAUGGGCUGUUUUCACAAACAUCAGCAUCUGAUACCAGCUUAAUUCCUAGCAAUUCUGCUAGGCUUUUGGAUAACGGCAUUGAUAUGAUUGAGUUUCUUGGUCGAGUUGUCGGCAAAGCACUCUAUGAGGGGAUUCUGUUGGACUAUUCUUUCUCACCAGUAUUUGUGCAGAAAUUUCUUGGACGGUAUAAUUUUUUGGAUGAACUAUCAACACUUGAUCCUGAGCUUUACAGAAAUCUUAUGCUACUAAAGCACUACGAUGGGGAUGUUGAGGAUCUCUGUUUGGAUUUUACUGUAACUGAAGAGUUGGGUGGUAAAAGAAUCGUCCAUGAGCUGAGACCUGGUGGUAAAAGUAUAUCUGUCACAAAUGAAAAUAAGCUGCAUUAUGUUCAUGCAAUGGCAGAUUUCAAGCUUAACCAUCAGAUACUUCCAUUUGCAAAUGCAUUUUACAGAGGACUCAGCGAUCUCAUUUCACCAUCUUGGCUAAGCCUGUUUAAUACAAAUGAAUUUAAUCAGUUACUUUCAGGCGGACUGCAGGAUUUUGAUGUUGACGAUCUGCGGAACAACACCAAGUAUACUGGUGGUUAUACUGAGUCAAGUCGAACUGUUAAACUCUUCUGGGAGGUCAUCAAAGGAUUGAAGCCAACAGAGCGUUGUUUACUCCUAAAGUUUGUGACGAGCUGUUCACGAGCUCCGUUACUUGGAUUUAAGUAUCUGCAGCCUUCUUUCACAAUACAUAAGGUUCCAUGUGAUGUAACACUUUGGGCUUCAAUCGGAGGCCAAGACGUAGACCGCCUUCCAUCCGCUUCCACAUGCUACAAUACUCUCAAGCUUCCGACAUACAAGCGGUCAAGCACGCUAAGGAGCAAGCUGCUCUACGCCAUCAGCUCAAAUACUGGGUUUGAACUCUCAUAGAGGUAUAUGCAUUGGUGGUGCUGUAACCGUGUCAAGGUUUGCUGUGAAUAGAGGUAUAGCAAAAUUUGAUUAGAUGCAUCAAUUGCCGCCAAUGUAUCAUAUUUAUUCGGAGUAAUAGCCCAUUUUAAGGUAAAGCGUAUUUCUAUUUGUCAGUA